AGCAGUCCUCUUUGCCGGAGUCGAUGAGCACCUUGUAAGUCCUCACAGUCGCGGGUAUCCUUUUGAAAUAAGAAAAAUUGAACUUGGUCUCGAACGGCGCGAUCAGGAACAGGAACACGCCGAGUAGCACGAGCUGUAUGUGAUGCAUCCAACAGAACCCAGCUGAACCUGAAGUACUUGAACCUACCUAUCAUUUCGGGUAGCGCAAUGUCUCUCAGCUGACUGAUGUAAUCUUUAAAUGGAUGUUGUCGAAGUAUAUUGGGAUAUAUAUCGCGCUGAUCAUCUCUCCCCUCCAGUUGCUUCUGUCUCGGAUGCACUUUACGAUCACAAUCAGGAAAGUGGCGAAGCAAAAAUCAGUCGUGGAGAUCGGAGAUUGAUGAAAAUCACGUAGUGUUUAUUCGGAAUAUUAUCGCGCCAAACUACACCGGAUACGUGUAGAAGAUUUUUAGACGUUCAACGCUACAUAUAUUAUUGCAAAUGCUGAUGAUAAUCAUCGCUAAUCUUUUUGCGAAGUUCAGUGUCAAUCGACGGAGUGAUAAAUAAUAAAAUGGAAAAGACGUCAUAUCAAAGUUUGACGAAGCAAUUGGCGUUGCAAAUCACCGAUGCACAGUGUUUGCAAAAAUAGCGGUGUGUUUGAUGUGUUAGCGUGUCUCAAUAGUGCACUUCUCUGACAAGGCAAAGAGCGAAAGUAGCGCGGCAAUGUCGUAUAUAUUUAUAGCGUGGAAGUCACAGAUAUCAUGGAAUCGCCAACGAUCAAACGGUGUCUCCCACCAUCAGUCCCGUAUGCAACCUGCAAUCUGCAAUGCAAUCACGCGUUGAUUAUGCAAUUUAGCUAUAAUAUACGUUUCGCGGUCGCAAACCGAGACUUCGUUUAUACUACUGGUACUUAACUCGAGUAUAAAAAAAAAAUAACAUUUAUACACGAUUAUGCCGAUAAACUUAUGUAUACUUUCUUACGCGGUAGUAAAUAAUGUCGAGACGUACAAACUCAAUGCACGCAAAGAGAAUGACGAGUGCCACAUGCAUAAUAGGAUUAUUUUUAUUGAGAGGAAUAGCAGCAUGGACUGUUGAUAUUAUACAUGAUAUAACUGUGCACAUGAACCAUGUAACAUCAGUUCCAUUUAGCAUAGCUAACUAUAAUUUAUCAUCCGAAUUGUCCUUAGUCAUUACUAGUCAGGACAAUGAUAUUGCGAUACCAAGUUUUGAGCUACUGCAGAAUGAAAAUAAAUCUUUUAACGGCAUUUUAAAUGUUACUGGUGUGUUUCUCGGUAGAACAAAAUUAAUAUUUACUUUGGAGGAAGAUGGGGUUAAAGACAGCCAGGAGGUCUCUCGUAUCAUUGUAGUACGAGAAGAACGCACAAUAGAUACCAUAUUCACUGCCAGUGUUGCAAUACUUGUAUCCAUUUUAUAUAUUAAUUUUGGCUGUGCAAUGGAUUGGAAUGUAUGCCGUGAUACAUUAAAGAAACCAAUAGGUCCAGCUAUAGGAUUUUUUUGUCAGUUUUUGAUUAUGCCAGUGUUAAGUUUUUUCAUUGGAUAUCUUUUAUUUCCUGAUCGUCCUGAACUGCAAAUAGGAAUGUUCUUCACAGGGAUAAGUCCAAGUGGUGGUGCUUCUAAUAUUUGGACAGUAUUACUUGAUGGCAAUUUAAAUCUCUCAAUCACAAUGACCACAAUAUGUACCAUUGCUGCAUUUGGAAUGAUGCCGUUUUGGAUCUUUACAUUGGGCAGGCAUAUUUUUGCACAGGGACAACUCACGGUACCCUAUCGUCAAAUUGGUACUUUUGUAAUUGGUCUUGUAAUUCCACUGGUUAUAGGAUUUGUCAUCCAAAGAAAGCUUCCAAGAGUAUCAAAGAUGUUAGUUCGGAUAAUGAAACCUUUUUCUAUAAUUUUAAUUAUAUUCAUUGUUAUAUUUGCCAUUACAACUAAUUUAUACCUUUUCAAACUAUUUUCAUGGGAGAUUAUAAUUGCAGGAAUGGGUUUGCCUUGGUUGGGCUUUACAUUUGGUCUUAUAGUAGCAAAAAUCUGUAAGCAAUCCCAAGCUGAUAUACGAGCAAUAGCUAUUGAAACAGGUAUUCAGAAUACUGGUGUAGCCAUUUUUUUGUUACGUUUUACAUUAAAACCACCUGCUGAUGACUUAACCACUGUGCUUCCUGUGUCUACUGCAAUUAUGACACCAAUACCAUUAACAGUUUUAUACAUAAUCAAAUUAAUUUAUCAAUAUACACAGAAGACAGAAAGAAAAGUGAUCCUAGAAACUGUUCCAUCAUUAGAAAAACUCCAACAAACUACAAAUAUUUCUACUAUUACACAACCGAAUGAAUCUAAAGUAAUUACUCAGUUGAAUGAUAAUUGAUUGAAUUGUGUAGAGUAAUUCUAUGUUUCAAUACUUAAUGUUAUAUUAAAAAAGAUAUAUUUAUAUUGUACAUUAAUGUAAAAAAUCUCAAUAAGGAUAAGAUUGUAAAUGGUUGUGGAUGCCAUAUAAUUGUAGAUAAUAUUUGUUUAUUGUUAUAUGUUGAACAUUUGUUUAAGAAAUAUUUACACUGACGAUACUUAAUAAUAUAUUAUAAGUAACAAUUAGUUAAUCAGUAUUUAGAUAUAAAGAUAUAUGCAGGAUGCUUAGCAAAGAUAUCUUAAAUUUUUUGUAAAAUAUCUGCAUUUAUAUACUAUUUUUAAAAGCGCAAAAAAUUAAGGAAUGUUUAUAUUUUUCUAAGUUUGUUUUUAAGAAUAUAAAUUUCAAUUCUUAAAUGUAUGAAUUCAAAAAUAUAUUUUUAUAAGUGCAUUAUGUCUGAAAGUUUUUGAAUUGAAAAGAAUAAAUUUUUGAAUUAUA